CAACAAACUGUAGAAUCGCGGCGGUUAGUCAAACCAACUGAAGUCCAACGGUCCAACCGACGGUUCGUCAACGUCCAACGGUCCUUCUGAGAACAGCUGACGGUCUUCUCCUCCGGUACUGGAUCCAGUCCUACAGACAAAAGCAUGGAUGUUGGUGGAAACUUGCUGCCUAACAGCAUCAACCCGAAUCACUUUCCCGCCAAGCUGUGGCGUUUGGUGAACAACCCAGCGAAUGAAGCCAUCUGCUGGGACAGCGAAGGCACGCUCGUCAUCAUUGAUCAACUUCUCUUCGAGAAGCAGAUCCUGUCUCCGGAUGCUAAAAACUCGGACAACGCCGACGCCUUCAAAACCACCAACUUCUCAAGCUUCGUCCGUCAGCUCAAUCUGUACGGCUUCAAGAAGGCCAACCUGGCGAUUGAAGACGAUGUCCAAUCCGGCAGAGACCAUAAGCGGUUUCAUCAUUUUUACAACCUCAACUUCAAGCGAAACCACCCUGAACUUCUUGGGAGCCUGAUGAGGCUCACAGUCGACAAUAAGGCCAAGAUGAAAACUGGUGUGACUUGUCAGACCCCAACUCGAUUCCAGCAAUCGGGUAUGAGUGGUGAAGUCAGAGCGAGAAGAGGCAGCUCUUCACGGUUUAGCCCCACACAUGAGACGUCACCUCGUCCUUACUAUUUAAAUCAAUCCCAGGCCAUGGCAGUGUACAAUGGGACCCCAAUCCCACCACAGUACCUGAUACGGGGUCAUGGUGCAGCUCUUUCUCCCACCGUCUUUGCUUCAAACAAAGGGAUACCAGCAGCUUUGUGCCACCAGUACGCUGGAGUAGCCUCAAGAUCCACUCCUGUGCAAAUUCAACAGGGUUUACAGGUCCAUGGAAGUCCAAAUUUCGCCACUUUUAAUUCUCCUCACAGACCAUAUAAGCCUGGCUUCUAUUCCCCAGUUUGCCGGUGCUUCCAGCUGAACUGUUUGACACCUCUGACAGAUAGUGGGCUGAAGACAGGGUCGUUCUCUCCCCACACUUAUUACCAGCCGAGGUAUCCUGUGAACAUGUGUCAUGGAGAUCACAACCUGGAGCCCCUGAAGGACAAACACCAGGAGGACGAAAAAUUCAAAGUUAGCAUGGACACCAUUUUCCAGAUUGCAGAUGAGGUGAUGGAAACUCCACCCAAUAACUGCCUGGUUAGAGCUGUGCCCUUAGAGAAGACAGGCCCUAUAAUAGUGUCCACCUCCAGCACCAGCACCAUCACCAGCAGACCUGCCAGCACCAUGCAAGAUAACCCUUUGUGUGACACACCCAUUAUCAUAUCUACGUCAGGCAGUGCCUAUGUAGACAAAGAGCAGGAGGAACUUGUGCUUUCAGUACCAGAGCAGAUGCCUGAAGACGCCAUAUUUCAGGUUACUAGGGAUGAUGCAAAGGAUACUGAGGUCAUAGAUGUCGGAGUUAACUACUCCCUCGUGGUUACCAGUCAGGCUUACAAGAGCAGCUGCACAGGAAGUACACCAAAUCUUUAGGUCAUCAAUCUCAGCGACAGGGAGUUUGAUUCACACAUGACGUGAUCGUCACCAGACUUUAUUGUAUAUUGUAAUGAUUCUUUGUUGCUGUGUUCUAAUUUAAGUCUUAUAUGUAGUUAUAUGUCAUUUCAUAGUCGUGUUUUAACCUUAUUGUUAGUGACUUUAGACCAUACGUACAAAGACAGUACAAAACAUCAUUUUAGUAGCACUUGAAGUCAUACUUUUUAUUUCUCUAAGAAUAAGAAUGACUUGUACAACAGUACUUUUAAAGUUUAACCUCGACAUUUUUAACACAGUUUUAUCUCAAAUGUUUUUACCAACUUGUGAUGUUUUUAAAUAAUUAUAAUUUAAAGUAGCUUUUACUGACAUUUGCUGCAAUAAGCCUGCCUAAACCAUUUUAAUGUGCACAUUUUAGACUUAGAGCUUGUUUUUAAGAACACAUUUGUGUCGCAGGUUGUAA